UUCGCUGUGAUUCCUUGUUUCACACCGGACUGUUUCAGCGGCGCACCGGCUCAGUUUGCGUCUUUUCAAUUCUUCUGUUGUGUUCAUGAGAGCAUCAAUACUGCACUAAUUCAUCAUAAACCAACACACUUUACACAUGGAUGUUUAAGUUCACGAUUUAUUCUCCUGCGAGCAUGGCGGUGCCAAUGGAAAGUCAACUGCAGAGUAUUUUUGAGGAUGUAGUGAAAACUGAGGUGAUUGACGAGGCGUUUUCUGGAAUGUUUAUGGACAGUCCUGAGGAUGAGAGAACUAAACUAGUGAGCUGUUUAGGAGCGUUCAGACAGUACUGGAGUAGUCUGCCUCAGGAGUCACAUGACCAGUGUGUGCAGUGGAUUGUGCGCUUCAUUCAUAGUCAACACAGUCCCAAACGCAUCUCCUUUCUCUAUGACUGUCUGGCAAUGGCGGUGGAGACCAACCUGUUGCCUCCCAGAAUGGUUUGUCAGGCGCUCAUCAGUUCAGACAGUUUGGAGUGGGAGAGAACUCAACUUUGGGCCUUGACCUUCAAGCUCAUCCGCAAAAUCAUUGGCGGAGUCGACUACAAGGGUGUGAGGGAUUUACUAAAGGCUGUGAUGGAUAAGAUUCAGACCGUCCCAAACUUUGUGAGCUCAGCUGUGGUUCAGCAGAUGCUGGCGGCACGAGAGGUUGUGGAAUACAUACUGGACCGUAACGCCUGCCUGCUUCCAGCAUAUUUUGCAGUAACAGAGAUCAGAAAGCUGUAUCCAGAGGGGGCGCUCUCACACUGGCUCUUGGGCAGCCUGAUUUGUGACUUCGUUGAUAGUUUCAGACCUACAGCCCGAAUAAACUCCAUUUGCGGUCGCUGCAGUCUUCUGCCAGUGGUUAAUAAUUCUGGAGCGAUUUGUAACUCCUGGAAACUCGACCCAACCACCCUGCGUUUCCCACUGAGAGGAAUGCUGCCAUAUGAUAAGGAUCUGUUUGAGCCACAGACGGGUCUCCUGAGAUAUGUCCUGGAACAGCCGUACUCGAGGGAUAUGGUCUGCAACAUGCUCGGCCUUAACAAACAGACCCUGAACAUUGCUCAGCAUAAGCAGAGAUGUCUGGUUCUGGAAGACCAGCUGGUAGAUCUGGUGGUGUACGCCAUGGAGCGGUCCGAGACGGAGGAGCAGUUUGAUGACGGAGGCACCAGUCAACUCUUGUGGCAGCAUCUCUCCAGUCAGCUCAUCUUCUUUGUUCUGUUCCAGUUCGCAAGCUUCCCUCACAUGGUGCUCUCGCUCCAUCAGAAGCUGGCCGGUCGAGGGUUAAUAAAGGGACGUGAUCAUCUGAUGUGGGUCCUCCUUCAGUUUAUCUCGGGAAGUAUUCAGAAGAACGCUCUGGCUGACUUCCUCCCCGUCAUGAAACUGUUUGACCUGCUUUACCCCGAGAAAGAGGUGAGUAAACACGCUGCUGAAAUUGGUUUUGUCAUUUACGCACUAACCUGUGAGAGUAUCUGCUGUGCUCCAUUAAUUCAUGAUACAUGCCGUGACUGUUGGAUAAGAUCACCUAAUUAAAGUGUCAUUUAGCUC